UUUUUUUAAAUAAGAUUAUUGCAAUAGUAUAACUUCGGAGCAGAAAAAUUAGUAGUUUGACCGGAAGUGGCCAUGCGGGGCGCGCGGCAUUGUGGGGGAUGUAGUUCCGCCGCGCGGCCCGGGCUUUGCAGCGAACUCUGCGUUUGGGGGAAAAAAUAAAUAAACUGUAAAGUUCCGCGCGGAGAAAAAGAAAGAUCGUGAAAUAAGAGAGGCGGGAAAGCCGAGGCGGGGGGAAGAGGCGCAUCGGCGGCGGCGGCGCGGGCCCCGGGGAUCGCGGCGGGAAGAUGCCGGGCUUCACCUGCUGCGUGCCCGGCUGCUACAACAACUCGCACCGGGACCGCGACCUGCGCUUCUACACCUUCCCCAAGGACGAGGAGCAGCGGCGGGUGUGGCUGCAGAACAUCUCCCGCACCGGCGUGACGGGCUGCUUCAGCACCUUCUACCCCACCACCGGGCACCGGGUGUGCAGCGCGCACUUCCCGGGCGGCAGGAAGACCUACUCCAUCAACGUGCCCACCAUCUUCCCGCUGAGAGGGGUGAACGAGAGGAAGAUCAGGAGGUGCCGCAAGAAGCUGCCUCAAGCCGGGCCCGACGACGUCAAGCCCAUCGACCUGUCCGGCACCUUCUUCUUCUCCUCCUCCUCCUCAUCGUCCUCGCCCUCUCUCCCCGCCGCGCCCUCUGCCAACGCCGCGCCCGCCGCCGCUGCCGCCGCCGUCUCGGCGCGACCCGAGGCGCCUGAGUGCCUGGAUCACUCCUACUCGCUCUCCUCCACUACCACCUCCGAGGAGCUGCUGAGGAAGCUCAACGAGCAGAAGGACAUUAUCGCGCUGAUGGAGGUGAAGAUCAAGGAGAUGAAAGGCACCAUCCGGCAGCUGAAGGUCAGCGAAGCGAUCCUGCGGGAGGAGCUGAGGAACAAGGAGAAGUUACUCUCCAUGUCGGUCAUCAGAAAGAAGCACGGCAUGUGACUGACAGCUUGCAUCCACUCGAGCUGAGGGGCAGGAGAGUAACGCAUAACGGAUCAAACAAACUUAAAACAUCAACCCGUGUGUUGCCCGAGAUGCCGUUUAACGCAUUAUUUUAUACAUUAUAUUGACACCACUUGCAUAAUUUCUGUGUUUGUCCCCGAGAGACUGCAUCUGUGGACUGUUCCACACGACAGCGCAAACUUGAGGUGCAUUCUGCUUGUAGCAGUAACAUUAUUUUUAACAUUAGAAAUAGUGAAGCAACAGGAAACCGAGACAUACUAAUUUUUGACACAAUUAUUUGUCACAUACAAUCUCGCAUAAGAAAACCACGUGGAUUAAAACACUGACAAUAUCAUUUACUAUUGAAUAUAUGUUGUGAAUCAAUGCUUUUGUUUCAUGAUAAUGAUGCUAUGAAUUUGGUAGCUCCACAUAGUUUGUAUAUUGCCCUCUCGUGAAGUUACUGUACAACAAUAACCAAAAAAUAUAAUAAAUCUACUCAUGGUUAUGCUUUGUAAA